AUGACAAAUUAUCUGCCGCUGCUGGGUGUACUGAUUUGGUGAAUCUCAGAAUGUCGAGUAAGUUGAAUGUAUGUGGAGUAUGUGAAUACCGCAACAUUAAUAUAUCCUCAAUGGUCUGGUGUUCAGAAUGCGACGAAGGUCUUUGUGAAGAGUGUAAAGAACAUCAUGCAGCUUCCAGGGGUUCCAGGGACCAUAUAAUUGUUCCAAUCUCCGAGUACCAGAAGUUACCUUCCAAUAUACUGGAAAUUACUCAAACUUGUUCAAAACACAAUGAAAAACACGUUAUAUUUUGUAAGAAACACGAUUGUCCGUGCUGUAGACGAUGUGUUGUUGAAACGCAUGACGAUUGCAAAGAGUUGAACGCUAUUGAGGACGUCAUAAAAAAUGUUAAAUCAUCAAAUGCAUUCUUGGAAAUGGAACAUACAUUAUCGGAACUUUCAGAAAAUUUACAGAGAUUAAGAAAAAAUAGGCAAAACAACAUGAAAAGUCUAAAGGAGAACAAGACAAAAAUAGAAAAAGAGAUUGAGCAGACGCGAAAAUUGAUUAACAAUCUUCUGGAUAAACUGCAAGAAAGUCUGAUGAAAGAGUUGUGUAUCGCAGAGGAGAAGGAAAACAAGAAAAUCAGCUGUUUAGUAUCAUCCAUACAAGAGAAAGAAAGGGAGAUUACAGAAUACAAGACCAAUUUAGAUAAAAUAAAACAACAUGCCUCAGACCUCCAGACAUUCUUGGCUUUGAAACACAUCCAACAAGGUGUUACAAAAAAUGAAAAUUUCAUAGAAACCUUGUUGAAAGAAGACAAUCUGAACCAUGUCACCCUUUCUUUUGAAAUAGAAAACACGUUUGAAACUCUAACUACCGCUCUGAACAAGAUGGGAACCAUUAUUUUGAAUACCAGGACAAGUGAUAUAACACUAACAAGCAGGAAGGAGAAACAAGCACAGAUAAUGCUGCCUACCACACAUGUUCUUACCAUUGAUGAUCUUAAAAUAACCUUAAUAAAGACCGUGAAUACAAUUGGAAAGGAUAUCACUGGUUGCUCCUUACUACCUGAUGGAAGAAUGAUUUUUUCCUGUUUCAAAUAUGGCCAAAUAUAUGUGGUUAAACCCGACGGGUCGUUAGAUUUUACAGUACAGGUAGGAUCGCAUACAUCUCAUAUAUACUUUAUAGAGGACAGUCAAUCACUUGUCAUAACAUCUGUCUCUGAUUACUCGUGCAUUAAGAUUAUCAAUAUGAACACCAGGAAAAUAGAGAAAUAAAUUCCAGUGAAGUCUAGGAUUUAUGGAAUUGCGCACAAAGAUGGAAAAUUGUUCUGUAAUGGAUACUCAAGUGGAUUAUGUGUUGUAAGUUUAGAUGACGACUCUAUAACACAGCUAGUAAAAGUUACAUUGUCUAUUUAUAGCAGCAUUGCAUCAUGGUCAGAUCAACUUUAUUAUAUAAACGAAGAUGAUUCUGUAACAUGCUGUGAUCUUCAAGGGACAAUAAAAUGGAAAUUAGAAUUUGCAGCAUUUCUUAAAAAUGCACGGGGUAUUACAGUAGACAAUUACGGACGUGUUUACGUAGCAGGCUUUGAUUCUAAAAAUGUCGUUGUAAUUUCGCCAGACGGAAACAAACACAGAGUAUUGCUGUCGAAAGACGGUCUUACACGGCCACAAGCUUUGUUCUUUGAUCGCAACAAUAACCAGUUACUUAUUUCGAACCAGGUAAAUGAGGCAUUUCUCUAUGAUGUUUCAAAAUGAAUAUGUACACAUUUUCAAAAUUCGCUUUCUGUUAUAAAUUAGAAUAAUAAAAAUAAUGAAAAAC